UGGAGCGAAAGUUUUCGAAAGACAUGUCAGGAUGAACCGCACAUGUAGGAGGGUGCUGGCUAAAACUACAUUAGAAAUAUUUGAUAUUAUAUCUUGAAGAAGUGACCACACCAAGCUGCUGUAAAGAUGGAGGGACUGGAGAUGUCAGCGAUGAUACCGGCUCUCCAGGAGCUAGCGAGUGCCAAUGCUGCUGAAUACGACCAGGCUGUGCAGAAACCUCGACAGAUCCUGUGUCAGUUCAUUGACAGGAUACUGACAGAUGUGGAUGUCGUUGCUCUAGGCCUGAAUAAGAAGUCCAGUUCAGAGCCGGCCUGUGUGAUGUUGCUGGACUUUGUGCAGCAUAUCAUCAAAUCCUCGUCUCUGAUGUUCAUUAACCCCGCCUGCCAGCCCGCUGAGUAUCCAGACACCACACAGAGCUGCACUGGUAGGAGCCUCUUUAAAAAGCUGCAAUAUUACUAA